AUUUUUUUGCUUUAAAACCCCCAACCCAUUUUGAAUUGAAAAAUCAAAUUGUUUGUGUUUCAAAGAGAUUGAAACAAGAUCUUCUGAUUUCCGCCCCCCUCCAAAAAAAAAAAAAAAUAUUGUUUAAAGGCUCUUUCAGCCAAAUCAAUUUGGCACAAUCUACAGGAAUUCAUGAAAGGUUGACCCAAAUUUUUCUUUCUUUUUUUUUUGCAACAGAAAAUGACUGAGAAACUUCACUUGGCUGUACUUGGCACUGUUCUUCUGGACAUGACAGAGCAUGUGCAGAACAACCCUCACUGACUUUGGGUCUGAUACUGAAAAUUGAGAUUUUAACGAACAGAGGAGGAGUGCAGGAGGGGUAAGUAUUUCCAGAUGUACCGCCAUGGUCCCAGUUCAUAACACUGACACCAGCUUCAAGCCGGAAUGCUAAAGGUUUAGGUGCUACCCCAAGAAUGGGACGAUAUACUAAAGCUGACCCUUCUAUGCUGUUCCAGUAGGUUGUUGUUACAUUACAAGUCUCCUCUUUUGGAAUAAGGCCUAAAACCUUUCCACCAGCUUUGGUGGAUAUCCAAGUGGAAGUAACAAAUAGGUGCUGCUGCAAAUAAGUACAGAUGUUAUUGGCAACAACCCCCCUAAAGCCCAGCUGAGUUUCAGGCCAGAGUGUAGAAUGGAGAUGAUCAAAAAUGUUUUCUUAAACAGCUGCUUUCCUUGUCUGGAAUCACCCUGGCUGGCUCCAGAAAUUGGAAACCGAGCAAGCAAAUAUAUAAAUAAUCCUGAAGUAGUGUGGACUGACAACCAGAUAAGCAGGGCAGACUGGACUUGAUGCAAAAGCUUCUAACAGCAAAGGUUGCUUCUUGACCCUCCUCAUUUAACAGAUUGUGUUGAAGCUUAUUUCAAGAACAAAGAAGAUUUUAGACUGAUGUUGCACAGUGAAAUAAUGUUUUGGCAUCUAGGAGGAAAAUCUUGUACUUUUCAGUGUGAAGGAAAAAACGAAGACCAAUGUGCUUCACAUUUGCUCAAGGUUCCUGCAGUCCAGACAAGCUAGUUGUUUUAAAUGCAUGAGAAGCAAUUGAUAAACGGAACUGAUUAUUCUUCCUAGUCUUGUUUUGUUUGUUUGUUUCCAGGAGAUGUCACUGUUAUGCAGCUACGCAUGCACUUUCUGUCUGAUAAAGGCUAAUGACGAUAUAAAGAGAUUUGUUAGUGUUAGAUUCUCCGUAUUAGUGGCAAAACUCUGGCCCUUCUUCACAGCCUUACUGGAAGAAGUUUGGUGAGCUGUUGGGACCCCAUUGUGACAUCAGGCCUGAGCAUGCAAUGAUAUCAUCAGCAUUCAGCUAUGAGCAGUCUUGAGGCACUUCUGAAUCCCACAGAGAAGGAGAAUUUUUCUCUCUCGUUCCCCUCAACACCAAAUGAACCAGUUAGGAAGUCGCUGCUUCAGUGUGACUGAGGAGGCCUCAUUGCCUGAGAUCCAAGCGCCGCUUAUCCUUUCCCUAAUAACACCUGAAGAUGGGACCUUUUUUCUUUCUGCUCUACGGAACAAAAAGCCAACAAAGCCUGUGACAACUCAGCCGACUUGUGGGGUUGGCAUGUCCACCGUCGCAACAGUCACACGGACCGGAGGAGAUUGGACCACUGGCCUCUUUGGUAUCUGCAGUGACAAGAGUGUUUGUGUCUGUGGGGCCUUGUGUAGCCCAUGUCUAGAAUGCAGCCUUGCAAGGCACUAUGGGGAGUGCCUCUGUUUCCCACUGCUGGCAGGUUCCACUUUAGCAAUGAGAGUCGGCACCAGAGAGAAAUACAAGAUACGAGGAACCCUGUGUGAAGACUGGAUGGCAGUUCAUUGUUGCUGGCCUUUUGCUAUUUGCCAAGUGGCCCGAGAGCUGAAGAGGAGGGCUAUGACCCAGAUCUAUGAAAUAAACACUGCUCCUACAGCUAAAGAUACCCUAGUUUAAAAAUUCCCAGCCAGAAAGCUUGACUCACGAUACUUCCCCUCCUGCCAAUGUAAAAUAGCUUAUUUUUAGAAAUAAAAUGCAUUUGUGUUUUACAGCAAAGGCUUUCUAAUACUCCUGCAAGGCUGUAUAUGUUAAACUGUGAUAUAACAUCUAAUCGCCUCAGCUGCAAAUUUCCACAGUGCAAUCAUAUUACGUGGUUCAAUGAUCUAGGGCCUGCUCUAAAGUAUGGCACUGUUGGCCCCCCCCACCCCUCUCUCUCUGGGUACAGGGAUCUGGAAUCUUGAUGCAAAGUAUUUUGCAUGCAAUUCCUUAGCAAACAGGGGCGGCUCUAAGUAUUUUGCCGCCCCAAGCAUGGCAGGCAGGUUGCCUUUAGCAGCUUGC